AUGUUUAUCCAUGCCGAGGUUGUACUAUUUAUCCUCCUGGUGCUCACUUUACCAGGAGUAGCUGGUGAGGAUGAGGGAGUUUGUCAGGUACGGUAUCUUGAUACCCCCAUUGCUGCAAAAGACGGAGACUUCAUCAUUGGAGGAAUGUUCCAGAUAGGCCAGCUCGAGUACAUAGACGAUGAUAACGGCACUAAAAUCUCAGUUCAAAGUUGUUCUUACUCUGGGAUUUCAGAGUGGGGCAUCCAGAAGGCCAUCGCCCUUAGGAUGAUAAUAGAGAAAGAAAAUGAAAGAUUUAAAAAGGAUUUCAACAAGACCCUGGGAUACGAGAUGUAUGACACUUGCAUGAGUUCAGCUGUCACAGGAAGAAUCUCUGCUGCACUUGCUAGCAACAAGAAGGUCGUGGGAGUUUCUGGAGUCGACAAUAAAGUUUACACCAAAAGAUCUGCUGCUAUCAUGUCAUCAUUCCACAUUCCCACAUUCGUGUAUUUGUUCAAUGAUGAUGAGUUGAUGACAGGUAGCAAUUAUCCAAAUCUAUUUUCCAUGAUAGACACGGAAGUCAAAGAAGCAGAAAUAACCAUUCGAUUCUUAGAAAAGAUGGGUUAUCAAUAUAUGGACAUCUGGUACCACAAAUAUUCUAAAGAUAUGGCCGAGCACAUAUUCAACAGCUACGUCAAAAAGGUAGGAUGUGGACGAAUAACUGAUGUCACAUACAAAGAUCACAUUCCAAGGAUAAAACAAACAUACAAUGAAACUGGCGGGACCCCUUCACGGGUUCAACUUAUUCUUCAAAAUUCUGCAGCAACAACCAGAGCAAUGCUAAAAGAGAUGGUCGGAAAUCUAGGAUUCCGAGAUAAGAUCUACAUACUUGGAUUAUCAAACGGACGAUACAGUUCCCUAAAUGGCUAUACAGCAAUCCUAAAUACCUCUGGACACAACACCAUCAUACUUCCACUACCAGAUCUCCUCAAUGUUAAAAUGGACCAAACGCUAAAAGAUUUAAACAAAGAUUGGAGACAGGUUAAAAAGAGAGACUACAUCGACGACCUCUAUCAGAAGGUACAAAGUUACAGAUGUCCAAAAGAUGGUGAUGAGCCAAAGAUGUGCAAACUGACCAGCUGGAUUCCUUACAUGGUCGGAGGAGUUAAGUUGGUUUUAGAAUCUCUUCAUACCAUUCUUACAAAUAUGGUAGUACCUGUUUUACCAGGCGGAACUCGAUGUUUAAUGGACUACAAAACAAAGCUGUUCAACCAAAUCGUGAAUGAGAAUCAAACGUUGAAUGUUACUCUAGAAGAAAAUGUAACAAUACCCAUCAGGAUGUUCAAGAAGACAGUCAACACUGGGUACAGGAUUGGGGUCUACAAAACUGAGACACAGAUUUUCAGGACUCUAGGAAGGGCAUUCGUUGACCGAAUAGAAGUGAUGAACGAAAGUCUUCUGGAAAGCAUGUCAGGCUACAACAAAACGUGUUCGUAUACCUGCCAGCCAGGCACCCAUCGACGUUUUAAUCGGAAUAUCCAAUAUCUUCCCUGCUGUUGGACCUGUGAAGAUUGCAAUCUUCACCAAUACAGCACCGAAAAUGACACAAAUGUUUGCAAAGUAUGUGAUCCCUCCAUGUCAGCCACUGAAAAUAACACUGCUUGUGUCUUGGUCCCAGAAAUCUACAUUCAGCCUAAAUCAACAACCUUUAUUGUGGGAGCUUCAAGUAUGCCGCUUGGUAUGUCAAUGGUCAUUGUCUUUGGUGUUGUAAUCUUUAGAAAUGAGGAUAGGCCAGUUAUCAAAGCUUCUGACCCCGGCUAUCUCUAUAUGGUUCUACUUAGCUUGCUGAUCGGGUAUCCUACGGCUUUGACUCCUCUUCUUAAACCCUCGACCACAACUUGCUCAGCGGAGUACUACUCAUUUGCAAUUUUUGCUACCUUGAUAUCUACCAACUUGCUUUAUAAGUGUGUUAAGGUUUACGACAUUUUUGCUGCUGCCCAACAUUUUUCUGCACCAAAGCUUGGUGUGCUCCUCAAAAGAACAGGCCAGACCGCCUUCAACUUGCUCACCCUGGCGAUAACAGUCAUUAUCCUUCUCAUUGACAGCUACACCGGACGUGGACCCAGCUGGGCCUUUGAAAGGUACCAGGAAGAGUCUCACAGACCCUGGUACCUAAUGUGUAAUAGCAUCAAUAGCAAGACCCUGGUAAUCCCAAUCGUUUUGCCUGGUCUAUCGUUCCUCAUUACUUUGGUCCUGGCAUUCAAGAUGAGAAAGUUUCCUCACAACUUCAGAGAGUCCCUCAACAUAUUUUGUGCCACGUUUGUGGUGUUGUUGUGCUCCAUCAUGUUCCUGGCAGGCUACGGUUUUUCUCCUCCAGAAGUUCGAGCUAUCCUACGUGCUAUAGUGGUCUUCAUCACCUCAACAGCCUUCCUCUUUAGCAUCUUUAUACCAAAGAUUUGCAUCCUUAUGAACAAGAAAAUAAACGUCGAAGAGGAAAGAACAAAGAUUCGUGAGGGAGUAGAGAAGUUUUCAUCCGGGCCUGGUCAUAGUCUGUUAGGCGUUGCAAGGCAAGUCAUCAAAAAACAUCCUGUAUAA